AUGGAACAGUUCUGGCAAUGGCAGCUCCCGUGGGGGGGCCAAGCCUGCAGGCCGGGAGCCGUCUGCACGACGCAAGCGCAGUGCGUGGCGAGCGGCGGAACUGCGCUCGGAUACUGCACCCUCGCCUUCUACACUGGCGUGUGCUGCAUCAAGUACGAGGACUGCGGUCGAAUCGCAAACGGUCGAGUGGCCUACUUCCGAAACCCUCGCUACCCGUCGGCUGACCAACGCGCCAUGAACUGUGUCUUCUCGCUGGCCGUAGCUAACACCUCUUGUGGAGUAAGGGUGGACUUCUUGGAAGCAGUUUUCGCUCCGUCAAUCGAUGAUGGCUGUUAUCAAGACAUUGUGACUAUACUCAACUUGGAUCAACGGUUUACAGGUUUUAAUACCCCAUUUUGUGGCCUGCUACAGGGAUUUUCCACAGUGCUUGCGAUACAAGGGCGCAGCACACUACAAGUGGUCGUGACAAUCCAAAAUACCCGCGGAAGCAUUUGGAACAUAAGACUGACUCAAAUAAGCUGUCAGCAGGCCUUUCUGCAAGAGGAAGACGCUUGUGGCAUACCUAACGCCGCCGGCGUGGAGGAGGUGGACGUCGCAAGCGACCGGAAAGUCCUCAACAACCGGUUCCUCGAGGACAUGAACAGCUCACUGGCGGGGAGACCGAGCGGAACGACAGACGUCCCUGGUGCUCCUGGAAAGUUGACACCAACUCGGACGGCGAAAGGGAGAUUCAGAAAUCCUCAAUUGUCGAACUCUUUACACUUUUCCGAGUUUUCUCAGGACGGGCAGUCGCCGCUGCGGUCGGCAAGGCCCGCGGAAUCGGAGAAGAUCCUGGGCGGGGCCGAGAGCAGACCGCACCAGUUCCCGUGGAUGGCCGUCCUGCUGUUGGACGGUUCUCUGCACUGCGGGGGCUCGCUCCUCAGCAGGCUGUGGGUGCUCACCGCCGCCCAUUGCGUUGCCCUGACCAGCAGCUUGGUGCCCGCGAUCGCAAGGCUGCAGGUGGCGCUAGGGGUGCACAACAUCAGCGACCCGACGGAUCCAAGACAGGUGGUGAGGUUCGUCUCGAAUAUCGUACGCCACCCCGAGUACAACGGAGGCAACAACGACAUCGCCCUCGUCAGGCUGAGCGAGGCAGUGCGCUACAACAGCGCAGUGCGACCGAUCUGCCUGCCGCGGGAUCCAGUGAUGGCGGGCUGGGGCAGCACGGCCACAGCCAAGAGCUCUGAUGUGCUGCUGUUUGCACCCAUCGUGGUCCUAAACAACUCUUUCUGCGCAUCGGCGUGGAAGGCGCUCGGCGUGGAGAUUCAAGGCAGCAUGGUGUGCGCGGGCCUCGGCAGCUCAGCAACAUGUCUGGGAGACAGCGGGGGACCACUGAUGGUGAAGCGAGGGGACGGCCUCUACGCCACAGUAGGCAUCACCAGCUUCGGGGCGCCACCCGCAUGCGGCAGCCCCACUUACCCGGACGUGUGGACCAGGGUCUCCUCGUUCCUCGCCUGGAUCGCACUCGCGCUUGUCGAGACCGCGUGACACGCCCUGCGAAUCCAGUCA